GGUGCAUUGCGCCAUUCAGUUCUCUGCAAGAAUCGAUUGUGUACUCACGAAAAUGAGAAAAUGUAUUUUAAAUUAUGUUUUAUUACACCAUAUUUUAAUUUUUUUCUAAGUAAUUUUUUAAACUAAUUAUUUUGAAUGUAUUGUUUUUAAGACCAAAUUAAUAGAAAUUCCGUUGUUUUAUGACACUGUAUUUCGAGACAAUUUUGGCAAGUUAUUUAAAGCUUCGCGACAUAUUCUCGUAGAGAGAGAGAUAUAUAUUCGCCACUCCUAGUUUUAAAUAACCGUUACGUGAACCCGUACUCAAUGCGAAUGCCUCGUGCGCGAAGUAUUUAUGAAAGCCGAGAUAAUAGUUGAAAUAGUAAUCGGUGUGAUUUGGUGAUUAUCCUAUGAUAAUGCCUGGAUCAAUAGACUUGAUAGUGUCUACAGUAUAUAUCGGAGUUACGAUUUGGAUAGCGUAUUGGCUAAGACUCUAUGCACUAUUUUAUCUUGAUUCUUAUCCCCUUACAAGAAUUUUGGUCCUUGAAUUCAUUGCUACGGCAGAACUUUGCGGAGCAUGUUUCGAACUCAUUAUAAUUGCGGAUAAUUGGGGAGUAUGGAUGUAUGCGUUUUAUUUAUUUCUACUAACAAUCUGGUGGUCGACAAACUGGGAUGAAGCUUCGGCAUGUCCUUAUACACAUAUGGAGGAUAUAGUAAUCCGUAAAAAACCCCUGACCGUCGCAUUUCUAUCGAUAUGCGCAGAAUUGGCCGGCGGUUUUAUUAUAUUUAGGUACAUCCAAAUGUUGUGGGCGUUACAAUUCGCUUCGACGCACAAGAAUAGAGCUUACGGCGAUUGCACUACAGAUUUACAGGUAUCCGUUAUAACUGGAGCACUUGUGGAAUGCAUUGCAACGUGUGUAUGCAGAGUAGUAUCUCGCAUAUUAGGUGACUUGAACCCAAGAUUCAGCACGAUCAUUGAUGCCUUCGUGGGGACAUCUUUGGUAGUAGCAGCUUUUAAUUACACCGGCGGUUACUUCAAUCCCGCAUUAGCGACUUCUUUAAAAUACGGCUGUCUGGGAACUUCGUCUCUGGAGCAUGUAAUGGUUUAUUGGAUUGGAACAUGCAUUGGAUCUAUUGCGUCCUUGCGCGUAUACCGUAUGCCGUUUAUACAAAAUUUUAUUCAACAACAGGAAAGUACAGCUACUUUGUAUUCUUAGAUAAAAUUUAGUAGGAUUUCAAAAAAUUAAAAUGUUUGUGGUUUAAAAUUAUCAGCAUCUAAUACUCUUUAAUAACGUACAAAAGUAUAACAACGUACAAAAUUGUGUGCCAAACGAUAGUUUUAUACAUUCCGAUUGUUAUGUAAAUAUAAUUGUAAAGCUGUGCAUGUUUCUGAUUACACUUUGGAGACAAAAAAUGUUUUAAAAUUGUUGAGACUAUUAAUAAAUAUUUUAAAUGUA